GUGCCUCCUUCCCUUCUCAAAGUCGUGAUGAAACCCAUCGCAGCUGUCGGAGAAAGCUACCAGUAUCCUCCUGUGAACUGGGCCGCACUCCUCUCUCCACUUAUGAGGCUAAACUUUGGGGAAGAGAUCCAGCAACUGUGCCUUGAAAUUAUGGUGACACAGGCGCAGUCAUCCCAGAAUGCAGCUGCGCUCUUGGGACUGUGGGUGAUGCCGCCGCUAAUCCACGGUCUGAGCGUGAAUAUCAAGAAGUACCUCCUGGUGUCCACGCCUCUGUGGGUAAAACACGUCUCUGACGAACAGAUCCGGGGCUUCGUUGAAAAUGUGAUGGUGCCCGUUUGUAGAGCCGCUUCCCCGCCUACGUUGCGCACGAGCGCCCUGCAGGGGCUGGGUCAGGCCAUGAAGCUGCCCAGCCCCACCCACCACCUCUGGAGUCUGCUCUCUGAAGCUACGGGAAACAUUUUUGACCUUCUGCCAAAUAAGAUUCGGAGAAAUGAUCUAGAGCUCUAUGUCAGUGUAGCAAAAUGCCUCUCAGAAAUGACAGAUGAUGAAGCCAAUCGGGUUGCCCAGAUUACGGAGAGCAGCCUAGAAAAGGCUGCCUUUGUCAGACUGUACUUGGUCUCUCAAGGACGAUUCCCCUUGAUGGGCUUGAUGGAGAUUCUCAGUGCGGCCAUCCAGCACCGGGAGAAAGACACCCUGGCAUGGAUGGUACUACACAGCCUCUACCAGGCGCGGAUCGCGAGCCACGCCAACACAGGUGAGGCCGGCCUGGGGAACCAGCAGGACCAGAAGGAUCUGCCAUCCCUUUUAACCUGUAACUGUUUCCUCCACUAAAAAGGGAGUUUAGUGCUUCGAGACCCAGGAGAGCUCUUGUUACCCCAAAGGAAGAGCACCUUAAAUGAAAAGACCAGUUAAAACUCAACAACCUCCACCCUGGGGAUGGGAAUGGGUUCUGUUGGUGAUUUUUAUUAUUAUCUUUAGCUGUCCAGGCCCUCGAGUCCAUAAACGAGUGGAUCGGGUCGAUUCUGCCUGCUUC